UGUGUCAUAGUCAUAUUUUAAGCAGAGAACCAAGCUACUUGAAAAAGCAGAAUGAAGAUUUCAACUUCCUUGAUCGCGUUGUAUUUGAUGUUUUAUGUUGUGUCAGGCAUUACUGUCUGUGAACACAAAACAUUGAGUAUCAAAUGUUCACCAGGAAGAGCUAUUACAAUAAUAUAUGCAAACUACGGACGACUUUCGAAAAAAAUUUGCAGAAGUCGAACUUCGCAACGUACAACCACCUGCAAAGCACCGAAAUCAUUACGUAUAGUCAAAGCGAUUUGUAAUGGCAAAAGAUCGUGCAAAAUUCCUGCAAAAAAUGAAAUGUUUGGUGAUCCAUGUUAUGGUGUUUAUAAGUAUUUGAAAGUCACUUUCACGUGCAAGGUACCUCGACCACAGGAAAGUGCUUGUGAGAGACGUCGAUUGAAAUUGGAAUGUCCUCCUGCACAAAUUAUCAGGAUAACUUACGCAAACUAUGGCCGAUAUUCCAAGAACAUUUGUCCACUAUCCACUGUCCAUUAUCCUUUUAAGGGUAUUUGUCGGGCAGCAUCGUCUUUUGCUAAAGUCAGCGAUGUUUGUAAUGGAAGACGCUCGUGCAGUGUUUACGCAUCCAACAAAGUUUUCGGGGAUCCUUGCCCUGGUGUCUACAAAUAUUUGGCUGUGCGUUAUACUUGCGUAUUACCACCUCGUUCCAACCAAGCGUGCGAACGCCGGAAAUUAAAUUUACUUUGUCCUGCUGGCUUUAAAAUUCUGAUUACAUCUGCUAAUUACGGCAGACGUUCGAAAUAUAUUUGUCCUAGUUCAAAUUCUGGCACCACCACCACUUGCAGUGAUCCUUCAUCGUUUUCUAUAGUGGCAAAAAAAUGCAAUGGAAAACCUUCCUGUUCCAUCUCUGCUUCAAAUAAAGUUUUUCGUGACCGCUGCAAGGGAGUAUUCAAGUAUUUGAAAGCGUCGUACCUGUGUAUUUAGGUGUAUACUACUUUCAAUUUUGUGACGAUCUUAUUUACUAAUGAUAUCUUAAAUACAUUUUCAAAAACAAA